CAGGGACACAAGCCAAAAAGGCCAUCCAGAGGGUGGUGGGGCACUCAAGAGGGAGCUGCUCCACCCUCUUCCCCCAGCAGCCUCAGACUGAGCCCCCUGGGGUUAUUUCCACAGGGAAGCACAGUCAACCACUCAGUCAUUAGCCCGCCCUCAGCCUACAGCCUGGCCCCCAGGCGGGUGGUGGGCAGAGCAGGGCAAGAGUAAGUGAGGGAGCCCUUCUGGGGAUCCGGAGAGCAGAGUGGAGCUCCUGGGCAGGGAAGGCACUGGGUGUGAAGUACAGGACAAGCUCGGGGAGGGCUCCCUCUGGCUCCGCCUCACCAUGGUAAUCUGACACCUACAUCUCCAGGACAACCAACAACAAAAAAGCUGAAGCUGGACAGCAGCUGGCUGUCAGCAGCCAAGAGCUUCCUAGGAGGUGCCAGGGUGAGAAGCAGCAGCCCAGCCGGCCGCUGCCGGCCGCCACAGGGCAGGAAGGAGGCAGUGGCGCUGGUGCAGAAGUCAAAGGUGGUGGCAAAGGACCAGGAGGAAGCGCAGAGGCUCUGUACUGGGGCACCCCUGCUUGGCUCCCCAGUACCUGAGCUCCCAGGCUAUGGUGGGAGAGGCCGGUUCACUGGCGCUACCUCCCGGCCUGAGCAGCUCGGCAGGGACUCUGAGGUGCUGCUGUCUGUGUGGUUACAGAACACAGGAGCCUAGCAACAUGGCAGCCGCGCACUUGCUGGAGGAGAUCCGCUCUGUGGGCGAGAGGCUGCUGCGGAAGCUGCAGGGCCUGCCCCAGGCCGAGCCCGUGGAGCUCGCCGCCUUCUCCAUCAUCGCUCUUUUCACAGCCACCGUCCUGCUGCUGCUGCUGAUAGCCUGCAGCUGCUGCUGUGCGCACUGCUGCUGCCCUGAGAGGACAAACAGGAGGGUCCCCGUGCGGCCCGGAAAACCCAGAUGACGGACAACAGCGGAUGCCCGGAGAAGCUGACAGGAACCUUCCAGAGCUGUGACACAGGCUACCGUCCUGGCCACUUCACUCCUCCAGACAAGUCACCUGGCCCCAGUUCUGACACUGCACAGGUGACAGGAGACGCCUGGAGCCUCGUCACGGAAACCAGUGCUGCUCAAUCUGCCAGUGGACACCAGUGCUUAGGAGGAGCCACUGCUUCCCAGACUCAGGAGACCACCUAGGUCUUCUGCUAAGCUGUACCCCUUAGGGCCCCACACUCUGAACAGCUCCUAGUUGUGGGGAGCUGGCCCUUGGGGCUCUGCUGACUUAUGCCAAAGAGAAGUAAACUAAUCAGGAACUUUGUGCAAUUUACUAGACUCCAAGCCUCCUGCUGAGGAGGGGAGAACAUGUCAGUAUUCUAGCUGAAAUGUGCUUACUUCCAAGUAAAAGCUUUUUUGGUUAUGUGUUUA